AACUGUGGCCUUGGUCUCGGCCAGAUUGUACAGUAUCGAGUCAGUAGCCGUUCGGUUGUCUUAAAUAGUGACUCAAAUACGAGCUUACUUACAAGGAGCCUAUAGUCUCUUUUACUCCAAAUUUCCAAAGUGUAUUCAAAUAAUCUUUGAAUUCCUGUACUUGCUUGUGCAGAGUACUAAUCUAAUGUAUAAUGUUAUCUUCUAACCUGAUCACGUGCUCAAGAGGUACUUUCUUUAUACCUGUUCGGUUUUACUUGAUGAGAAAGAGUUAUGUGCCACCGGUACUUGAGCCGGGUGUCUAUCCACAUCCGAAACGUCAAGUACCUGAAUGUGGUCGGAAAACAUUCAAAGAAAGAAUCAAAGAAUUAGCUGUGAAACCAAACGAUUUUUCAUCGUUGGAACCCCUUGACAUUGGAUUACCGUAUGUUUCCCCUAAAGAAUCAACAGCAUUUUUGAAGAGACUGGAUCUGGAACCUCAAGCCCGUAAAAGAACACUACGAGUCCCGCUUGACGUAAUUCACUCACCGAGUGAAGAUACUGAAGCCCCAGUUCGUCGUCUAAAUAUUGCACAACAUUAUGGCAUCUUCAAUUCACUUUUUGGACCGCCUCAUAUCUUCGUUCCUGUUGUUAAUUUCGGAGUUGAGUAUUUAAAACCAGAUGAUGAGCCUGGUACUUCGGACGAAGGUAAAUGUGAUGAUGACAAGUCAACUACAUAUGUACAACCUGUGUUUAGUGGAAAUCUAAUAUCUGCCAAUGUAGCUAUGAAUCCUCCAUUCAUUAACUUGUCUACAGCACCAAAUAAUUUCUACUGGACUUUGUUGAUGACAUGUCCGGACGAACCCUUUGGCAGUGAUGGUUGUGAACCAUCUAAUGAAUAUAUUCACUGGAUGAUGACAAACCUACAGUCCGUACCAGAAGGUGUUGGUGUUAUUGGGGAUGAGAUUAUUCCAUAUAUGCCGCCUAUACCGUACCAAGGAACUGGUUAUCAUCGGUAUAUAUUUGUUCUUUAUCGACAAGACCGUGGGAAAAUUGACUUAAAUCAGUGGAGAAAAGGAAAUCCCAGUGGAUGUGAUGUUCAGUCUGAACGCGGCUUCAGCACUCUAGAAUUUUAUCGAAGUUUAGAAGAUGAAAUAACUCCUGCUGGUUUAGCAUUUUUUCAGUCAGUUUGGGAUGAAAGUGUGCGAUCCUAUUUUCGCCAUAAACUUGGUAAGCUGAAUUGUCCCUUUGUCUUUAUUUAUAUCGAGUGUAUUCUUUGCUUAUUUAGCCGUUCAGCCGACAAAUCUUAGAUAGAAUGAUACAUCGUGCAUUUUACUGUUAGUCACACUCCGUAUGUCGGAGUGUGGUAUGUGCUACUGAUGUCGAUAGAUAUAAGUAGUAUGUAUCAUCAAUCAAAAGUGCAGAAGGUUAAGAAAACCGAAGAAAAGAGAACGAGAAUAGAGAAUGAUUGAUGUGGAAACGAAGGAACAAUAAAGUCUGAGACGAUUGACUGAUAUUUUGCAAAUGAAGUAUUUACUGUAUGGUUCUCAGAUUUUACUUAAGACGUUCUGUAAUUUUGUGUUCAAAUACAUUCGACUGUCCUCACUUGUGUUCUCGUUCACUACGGUAGAACUUGUUAUACAAUAGCCAAUGUCUAGGCAAUCCUCUCAUGACUGGGUACUUGAACUGUAGUUCAAAUGUGUAGUCUAGCUGCUUGGAUUUGGGUGACUAAAUCAGCAAUCUGUAGGUCCAGCAUUGUGUAAACAAAAGAUACCCAUUAUCCUAACUAUUAUGUUUUUAUAUUCAAGGGUUAGUGAGAUACAUUUAUACUUUAGAACAAAAGCUGAUUGUCGGUUUUUUAACCUUCCACUCCCGAUGCGAUCAGGAAUGUAACAUUUUGUCUGUAAUAGUCAGGUAAAUACUAUAAAGCAGGUGUUAAGUCUGCACAUUUGAGACAUGGAAUAUUAUGUUUCAGCCGUUUGGAUGAUAUAUACUAUACUAUGUUAUAUCGGUGCUUUAGAUCUGAAAUCAUAUCGACCCAUACGUAGUUAUCCAAAAUUUCAGUUUUCACCUUCAUAUUUAUUUCCAUAGGGAUCAAACUACUUAACCAGUUUCAGUAACACAACUUAGUUUUCUAAAUUUUUAAGCUUUUCACUUCCAACUUGCAGACUCACCAGAACCAGUCUUUGAAAUUCAGUUCCCAGAUGCCCGUUUGCCACCUCAACAGAAAUUUCCAGUCGCUGAUACAUGGACUAAACCUCGUCGUCACCCUCAUGGUAUUCCUCUGAUAAGAGAAAGAUAUGGUGUGCACAGUGAUGUAUCUUUUGAUGUUUACUUGGAUCGUUAUCGAGAUCGUAAAGAAUUAUACGAGGAGAUAGUCCACGAACGAUUAUUGAAUGAAGGUAAUCCUCUUGAUCCAGAAGAGCCUCGUCGUAAAAUAUAUGAAUAUCCAGCUGCUGUUCCGAUUCCCCCGAAAAUGCCCAGUUGGUGGGUCAAACAGGAAAUGCAGCGUCGCCUACGUCGUGGUAGGUGGAGAGAAUUGAAUGGACAUGACGGUUAAUUAUCAGUUAAUCGUAAAUAACUAGUUUCACUUUAAGCCCUUGUACAGCUAUAAAUACAAUAAAUAUGUUUUUUAAUC